AUGGCCGACGUAGACAAUGAGAUCACUGGGGCGUGUAUGAAUAACAAUGAGUUGACACCAUUUAAGGUCGUCGAUUUGAAAAGAUACCUUGCGAACCGGAAAUUGAAUGUAUCAGGUCUUAAAUGCGAAUUGAUUGAGAGGAUAAAAGGCGCAUAUAGACUUUCUAUAACUGACAAACGCGUGCUGGAGGAGAGAGAUCGGGAAGAAAGAGAGAGAAGAGCAACCGAACGCUUUAUCCUCCCAUGUGGCGAGGGUCUUCCACCGCCAUCAACACUGAAGGCAUGGAAGUCCACUAUUGAUCUGUUUCCUGCUGUAGAGGAAAAGGAUAUAUACAACUACAUUGUACUGAAAAGAGACUCGAAACGUCAAUUGAAGGCGAGGACUUAUUAUGUGGACGGACAUGUACAGAAAGUUGAGGUCCAUCUCAUAAGCGAAGAGUGCAGCCACUGUUAUGUUCAAGCUUCCGUGCUGCCAUCAUUUCCAACUGCAGACAAAAGAAAGUCACCAGAGUACCAACCCUGGAUCCUUCUGUCGAAAGUGACUGGCUGCAUACACUCCGCGUUCUGCAACUGUCCAGCUGGGUAA